AUGCCAUGCAGGCUCAUAAAAUUUCAAGAAAACUACAAGUUUAGGGAUUACGAGAGUCCCAAUGGGUCCGAGUCUGGUGCACCCACUAAGGGCAUGGGUGCGUUUAUCAGGGACCUUAAGGGGAACUUUAAGAGUGUGGACUACGUUUAUGUGUGGCAUGCACUGUGUGGCUAUUGGGGUGGUCUCCGGCCAAAUGUCUCCGGCUUACCGGAAUCGAGGGUGGUGGCGCCGAAGUUGACUCCGGGAUUGCAGAAGACUAUGGAAGAUCUGGCCGUUGAUAAGAUCGUUAACAAUGGUGUUGGGUUGGUCCCACCGGAGAUUGUUGAUCAGAUGUACGAGGGUCUGCACUCUCACUUGGAGUCCGUAGGCAUUGAUGGAGUCAAAGUGGACGUUAUUCACUUGUUGGAGAUGUUGUGUGAGGAUUAUGGUGGAAGAGUAGAGCUUGCCAAAGCAUACUAUAAAGCCUUGACAUCUUCAGUGAGGAACCAUUUCAAAGGGAAUGGCGUUAUUGCUAGCAUGGAGCACUGCAAUGACUUCAUGUUCCUUGGCACCGAGGCCAUAUGUCUUGGUCGAGUUGGUGAUGAUUUCUGGUGCACUGAUCCUUCUGGGGAUCCAAACGGCACAUUCUGGCUACAAGGGUGUCACAUGGUUCACUGUGCCUACAACAGUUUGUGGAUGGGCAAUUUCAUACACCCUGACUGGGACAUGUUCCAAUCUACUCAUCCCUGUGCGGAGUUCCACGCUGCUUCCCGGGCAAUCUCCGGUGGACCAAUCUACGUCUCGGACUCUGUUGGGAAGCACAACUUUGAGCUGCUCAGAACUCUAGUGUUGCCCGAUGGGUCGAUCCUCCGGUGUGAGUACUAUGCCCUUCCGACCCGAGACUGUCUCUUUGAAGACCCUCUGCAUAGUGGGAAGACUAUGCUGAAAAUAUGGAACUUGAACAAGCCGAACAUGAGGCUUCACACGUCAUCUACUAGACUGUCAGCUGGCAAGCAAGUCACUCUGACCCACGAAAGAGGCAGUCUGACCCAUGAUCCAGUAUCUGGGAUUUUUGGGCCAGAUAGUGGGCCGCAUGAGGCUUAUAUUAGAUCUUACACUGGAGUGCUUGGCGCAUUCAACUGCCAAGGUGGAGGGUGGAGCCGUGAAUCCAGACGUAACAAAUGCGCCUCCCAACACUCUCAUGCUGUGACUUCCAUGGCCAGCCCAAUCGACAUCGAGUGGAAGCAUGGAACAAAGCCAAUCUCAAUUGAGGGAGUACAAGUGUUUGCCUCGUACAUGUUCCACAAAAAGAAACUUGUCCUCUCCAAGCCAUCCGACACCAUUGAAAUCACUCUCGAGCCCUUUAAUUUUGAGCUUAUAACAGUUUCUCCUAUCACUAUCUUGACUAGCAAAUCUGUUGAGUUUGCUCCGUUUGGCUUGGCGAAUAUGCUAAACUCCGGUGGUGCAAUCCAAGCUUUGGAAUUCGAUGAAGAGGCUAGCUCAGUUCGAGUUGGGGUUAAGGGGACUGGAGAAAUGAGGGUCUAUGCUUCAAAAAGACCAAGAGCUUGUCUAAUCAAUGGGGAAAAUGCCUCAUUUGCUUACGAGGACCUUAUGGUUAUUAUGCAAGUUCCAUGGCCCAAUUCUUCCGGUUCAUCUGUCAUUGAGUACUCUUUUUAAAUUAUGGUCAGGUUAUUCGGUUGUCAAUUUAAGUGUAAUGAUUUUAUUAUAUCGCCUUGAAAUUAGG